GUUUGGUUUAGACUUUAACCAGUGUAAACAACGAAGAAGUAGAGAGCGUAUCCCGAUAUUCGCACCAGCCAGGACGGAUAACACUCGUUUCGACACUUUCCUGACCCCAAGGAUCAGUUUUUAUCGAAAUCAUCGGAAACAAUACAGAACGCGAUCGUCCAGUCGUGCGAAGAUAUUUCACAUCAAUACUUCUGUAAUACACUUUUAAUUUUUGUUUUUUAUAAAAUGUCCCUGUGCGUCUAUCAACCGCUUAACAGUGACAGAAAUGAAGAAGAAUUCUGUGAAAUUACCUUGACGAAACAUUUGGGGCACUCUUUGCCAGAAAUUUGUUCGCUGAGUGAUGUGGUGAGUGAGCUGAGUAAAGUUUUCGAAAGUGAGAAAGUCAACGUCGAAUUGGUGCACUACAUCAUGAGAUCCUACAAAUCUAACCCUGCGGAGUGGAAGAAAUAUGCCAAAUUUGAUCGAUUCAAAUACACGAGGAACUUAGUAGACGAUGGAAAUGGAAAAUAUAACUUAAUGGCACUUUGUUGGGGCGAAGGUCACGGUUCCAGUAUUCACGACCACGCAAACUCACACUGCUUUAUGAAAAUUCUACAGGGAUCAUUAGAGGAAGUCAGAUACGACUGGCCAAAAGAAGAAGAGGACGAACUUAAGGAAUCUGGUAGAAAAAUAUUAAACCUUAACGAUGUUUGUUAUAUUAACGAUUCAUUAGGCCUUCACAGAGUGGAAAACGUCUCAAGUUAUGAUACAGCUAUUAGUUUACAUUUAUAUUGUCCUCCAUACGAUCGAUGUUCAGUUUUCAAUCAGAAAACAGGAAAAAAAUCGCAAGCUACAGUCACAUUCUAUUCAAUGUAUGGAAAAAGAAACAAGGACCUUAAGGAUAUUUCAACACCUGAGGAUAAUUAGAAUAUAUUAAUUUAACUUUUUAAAAUUAUAAUCGACAUACUUAUAGUUUAACUAUUUGUUGAAAAUAAUGUAUAUAUAUAUAUAU